ACAGGGGGAAGGCGGAGGCGGGGGUUAUUUAUAUCCCGGCUGCUAAUUUGGGCUCCGCGCCCCGCGGAGCGCGGCACCUGCCGCCGGCACUCACCCCAUCCCGCAGCCAGGCAACGGCCCCUUUAAACCGCCGCGCUCCCCUCCCUGCGGGGCACUCACAGCCCGCCAAUCGGUAGCGCUGACGCAAUCGGGGCUUGCCGGCAGCCAAUCGGCGGGCAGCUUAGUGACCGGGAGGAAAGGCGAAGAGGCAAGAUGGAGACGGUGGGAGAGGCGGCGGUGCCCGGCGAGGAGCUGAGGGCGGCCGCGGUGGCGCUCCCUGAGCGGCUGCAGCGGCGGGAAGCGGAGCGGCAGCAGGGCGUGGAGCGGCAGCGGCAGAAGAAGGAGGCGCAGGUGGUGAAGGAGGAGCAGAGCGAGUUCUUCAUCGCCGCUUUCGCCCGGGAGCGGGAGGCCGUGGAGGCGCUGCUGGCGGCGGGGCUGCUGGAGGAGGCGGCUGCCCGCCUGCAGGGGCUGCAGAAGCUGCUGACCGAGAGUGUGCGGUUCCUGGCGCCCUACGAGGUGCGGCAGGGGCAGGAGGCCGUGGGGCGGCUCCAGAGCGACCUGGCGGCCCGGCGCCAGCAGCUGCAGCCCAAGAAGAAAUUCGCUUUCCGGACCCUCAAGAAGGAAGCGGCUCCGGGCUGCGAGCCGCGCCCCGCCGAGCCCGCCCGGCCCCCGGCCGCCGCCGCCGCCGCGCCCGCUCCCGGCUGCGGGCCCGCCGAAGGGGAGCCGGGCGGGUCGCCGCUGUGCGGGUUCAGCGGCGACGAGGACGCGGAGCUGGAGCUCGGCCCCGCUGAGCUGCUGCAGCGCGACGUGUUGCUGUCCGGGCUGCGCGGCUGCCGGGUGCGGCUCCGCGGCAACGCCAACACGCUGCGGGUGCGCGACUGCCGCGGCUGCACCGUGCUCUGCGGGCCCGUGUCCACCUCCGUGCUGGUGGACGGCUGCAGCGAUUGUCUCCUGGCGCUGGCCUGCCAGCAGCUCCGCACCCAUCGCACCCGCAACAGCCGCUUCUACGUGCAGGUGACCAGCCGAGCCGUGAUCGAGGACUGCACCAAGGUCUCCUUCGCCCCCUACACCUGGAGCUACCCGGGUAUUGAGAGAGAUUUCGAGUCUUCUGGGCUGGACAGGAACCAAAACAACUGGAACCUGGUGGAUGACUUUGACUGGCUGGCGACUGACCGGCCUUCACCCAACUGGAGCCUGAUCCCUGAGCAGGAAAGAAUCAGUUGCUGGGACUGACUGCAGGGGCAGCUUGGUGCUGAGCAAGAAAUCCUGGUGUAAAUGCACUGAAUCAUAAACUGGGGGAUUUCACCCUCCAUAUGCCAUUAAACGAUUCCAUUCGUUAUUUAGAUUGUAAAUUGUAAGGUGUGACUAGUUUUUUUUUUUUUUUUUUUUUUUCUGAAGAAUACCAGUCAAAUACAGUUUACUGUCCUCCACUGGUUGCUGCUAUAAUCGUUAUGUAUCACUGUGGAAUUUCCCCACUGCUGCAGUACCUAAUUGCAGGGUUUUUUUCUAAUUAAGGUGGGGCAGGCGGGCACUGAUACACAAACAAAUGAGCCUCUCUGAGCUGUUGUGCUGCUUUCACUCAUCCAGAGCUUGAAUUAGCAGCAAAUAGCACAAGAUGUACUGGAAUGGAAAGAUCAAAUUCCAAAUUUUUCAUAUUUCAGUGGUUCUCGAGUUGCAAGCAACCAUAUGCUAUCUUAUGGGGAGCACAUUUAGAGGGGAGGGGACAUUUGGGGAGUAAUGAGACAAAAGAUUAAUUUAAAGGAGUUUUUGUAGCCGAACAGUGAAGCAGACUUGAGAUGAAUCCUAAGCCUUACGCUGUAAUUAUGAGCCAGGUUCUGCUGAUAUGGGUGAAAUCCGAAAGUUUUCUUCAGGCUUUUGUUUCAAGUGAGAGAAGCCUAAAGGAAAGAAAAGUCUCCUAAUGAACAUUUCAUGCUCUCUUUAUAGAUUCAUUGCUUGAAAUUAAUAAACCUACAGAGGCUACAUAAAUACUGAACUUUCACAGUCUGAAAAUAGUUUGUGAAAGGAUGCUCCUUCUGUAAACACUUAAGCUGGGAGGGAUGAAAUGAGUGCUUUGUACUUUCAGGGGCAUACAGCAAGUGCUCAUUAACACGACAGAAGCUGGGUGAACUCUGCUGCAGUCAAACUUCAGAAGAGGUGUUCAGGGACAUCCUACUACUUUCAUCUGUCAGUAGACAUUAGGCUUUGGUGCUGUGGUUAAUUUACAACAUGCUGCUACUGUGUAGGUGCAGUGUUGACAGACAGAGUCACUAAAAUGGGAAGUUGAGGUGCUAUAUUUCAGUUCCCACACUGCAUGUUAUCUUGCAUAAAGUGCAGUGUGACUUAAGUCCUGUUUCUUCACUCUUGCUAAAUAAAAAAGCAGCAGCAGCAGCAUGGAAUGCAAUGUUUUUACAGUGCCCUGUUAGUGGUGUGAAGUGAGCACUCCAUACAUAAAGCAUAUAUAGUAGUUUUAGGUUUCCAAAACCACUCCUUGUGACGUAUUGCAAGAAUCAGCUUAGAGUUGUAUUUUAAAACUGCAAAAUAUGUAUGCUAUAUAUAUGUCAUAUAUGUGCCUCUAACAAAAUUAACACUGGCUGAACUAUCAAAACUGCAUUACUGCCAUGAGAAGUACUUGAAACUUCACUUGAGUGCUUGACGGGGUUUGAAUAGAGAAACUAAGGCUUUUUUCAGCAUAUUUAAUUUAAAGGGGGAGGGAAAAAAGGGAACUUUUAUAUAUUCUUUCACAACUUUCCUUUUUAUUUACUUCUGUUAAUGUAUACUUUUUGACUGAAUUGAAUUUUGCAUUUCAAAUGUAUUUGCUCUGAUUUCGGUUGUCCCUUUACUAAUGAUUUGUCUUUGCAUUGACAAGAUCAUAAAAUGAUUUAAAGAAAA